AUGGGAAACACAAUCUUGGACCACAUCGACCGGCACGUGAAACUGCCGGUGCAACUGUUCGUGGAGGAACACUUUCGAGGAAAAAGUGCGAUGGUACUGACGAAGGUUUUACCGUCGUUAAAAUUGAGAAAGAAUGACACGAGUUUAGAAGUCGCGAGCAUAUUUUUCGCGUACGUGUUGUUCGCGAUUACUUUUUGCCUGUGCGCGACGGUAUCGAGCGUGUUGCUUUCGCCGAAAAUUUUCAGAAAGUAUUGGGCGCGCGUGUCUGAUUCGGAUAAGAAGAUUUGGCACACGAACAUGGACACGUACUUUCCGGCGUUUUUCGUGACCUUGUUCGCGUUGCCGGCGAUAUUGACGUUUGAUGGUGGCGAUGGGACGAAGUUUGUGCAUCGCGCUUCGUUGGAUACGGUUCGGGCGUGCGGUUUAAGUUUGGGGUACAUGGCGUGGGAUUUAGCGGUGAUGUUGGAAGAUCCGAAAGGGCAACAGGCCACGUACGGUGGCAAGAAGGCGUAUUAUUUAUUCAUCGUCCAUCACGUGUUUUCUAUUUGCAUUUGGCCGUACGCCGUUCUCGCCGGGCGGUGCGUCUAUUUCGUCAAUUUCUUUCUCGUGAGCGAAGUGACGAAUUUGAACAUGAGCACUCGAUGGUUUUUGUUGAAAUGCAAGUUAGAAAAGAGCGCUUUUUACGUCUUGAACGGGUUAGCCUGGAUUCCGUUGUUUCUUGGCGUCCGAGUGUUGGUGAUUCCUUUGAUGUUGAAGGCGUUCAUUUUUGGCUCCUGGAACGCGUUGAGUGUCGGGGAGAAAAUCGUCGCGUUUACCACGCUGCCGAUUCCGAGCAUGUUGAACGUCUACUGGGCGCGAAUGAUCGUGAGGAACGCGCUUAAGUAUUUAGUCACCGGGAAGGAUCCAGAAGAUUCGAGUAGUAGCGAUGCGGCUCCGAUGGGAAACACGAAGAAGACGAACUAA